AUGGGCAGCGUGGGUAGCGGGGUGGCUGGCGAGCAGGAGUUCGCCAUGAGGAGCGUGGGCACCCGUACCCAAAACAGCCUCCCUCGCGGGCCACCGCCAACGCGCCGCGGCCUGGAGGACCGCAGCUACAGCACCGAGCGCCCAGCCCCGCCCACCGGCUCUGAAAGCACGGCCUCCAGCGACGAGCGGACCUACACCACGGACCGGACCGAGCGCACCUUCACCACCGACCGCACCUACGCCACCGACCGCACCGAACGCACCUUCGCCACCGAGCGCACCUUCACCACCGACCGCACCUACACCUCCGACCGCACCUACACUACUGACCGCACAUACACCACCGAACGCACCUACACCGUCGACCAGCCCCCGCUGCCCAACGAUGGCCCAGCGCCCAACGGUGAGCGCCCUGUCGCCAACAGCAACCGCCCCGUCGCCAACAGCAACCGCCCCGUCGCCAACAGCAACCGCCCCGUCGCUAAUGGCAACCGGCCGGUCUCCAACGGCAACCGUCCGGUUUCGAACGGUAACCGCCCUGUUGCCAACGGCAACCGACUGGUCUCCAAUGCCCUGUUCCUGAAUGGAGUGGGCCGUCGGGAGGUCCCACCGCUGGGGGCCAUCGGCCUGGACAUAUGCGGGAACAACGUGGUGCUGAACAACGAGAAGAACAGCAGCGGGCCCCCCCCACAGUACAGGGCCCCCCCCACGGCCAAGCUGGACAACAACAACCCCCCGAAAAUCCUGCCUGUGUCUGGCAAGCUGGAACAGAACAAUGACGGGUUGGUACGUCCCUCUGCCUUUAAGCCAGUGGUGCCCAAGAGCUUCCACUCCAUGCAGAACCUGGUGUGCCCGCCCCACACAGGGGGGGGUGGGGGCCGGAGCGCUGGAGGGAACGGCGGCCCUGGGGCUCCCGGGGGCCACAGAGAGCCGGACAGUCCCGAGAGGGGAAGAGCUGGGGGUCGGGGCGGAGGACCAGGGGGACUCUCCGACUCGGGGAGGAACUCCCUGACCAGCCUGCCCACGUACGCGGGUUCGGGGUCGGGGUACGGACCCCCCCACCCGCUGGGGCCCCUCAGCGCCUCCACCAGCCACAUCAACAGACUGGGCACCACCGCCCUCGACAAGCCCGGCUACCAGAACGGCCUGAGUGCCUCCGACAGCGGCCGCUCCUCAUCCGGGAAGAGCUCCUCCUCCUACCAACGCCUCAGCCACCUGGGCGACGCCCCCGGCCCCCUGCGCCCCUCCCCCUCCUCCGACGACAUCAUCCAGGACCUGGAGGACCGGCUGUGGGAGCGAGAGCAAGAGGUGCUGCACAUGCGACGGAACCUGGACCAGAGCGAGGCGGCCAUCGUGCAGGUGUUUGAGGAGAAGCAGCGCGUGUGGGAGCGCGACAUGGAGGAGCUGCGGCAGAACUACGCCGCGCGGCUGCAGCAGGUGGCCCGACGCGCCCAGCGCACGCAGCAGGCCCUGCAGGCCCAGAUCGCACGGCUGCAGCAGGACAAGCGUCGCCUGCAGGACGAGAUCGCCGCCCUGCUGGCCCACCGCGAGGAGCUGGAGCGCAAGUGCCUGGACUACAGGAAGGAGCAGGCCGACAUCCUGCCCCGCCUGGAGGAGACCAAGUGGGAGGUGUGUCAGAAGGCAGGGGAGAUCUCCCUGCUGAAGCAGCAGCUGAGGGAGAGCCAGUCGGAGGUGACCCAGCGGGCAGGGGAGAUGGUGGCCCUGCGGGGCCAACUGAAGGAGCUCAACGCCCAGCUGAAGGAGAGGGAGGAGACCAUGCUGGGCCUGAAGGACUCCUACAGCAGCAAGGGCCUGGAGCUAGAGCGCUGUGAGGGGGAGCUUCAGAAAACACUGACUGAGGUGUCCCUCCUAAGGGACAAGCUGGGCGUGUUUGAGGCGGAGGUGGUGGGACUGAAGCGAGCUCUGGGGGAGCUGAGCGUGGGCGGGGCUGCAGCUGGGGCAGGGGGCGGAGCCCGGGCGGCGGGAAGGACCCGGGGGGGGCUGCCCUCCCCCCACAUCCCCGCGGAGACCGCCCCGCCCCCGCCGCCGGCCCCGCCCCCGCCCUCGGCCCUGCCCCCGGGCCCGCCCGCGGGCGACGCCCUGCUGAGCCUGCAGUCGGACGAGGCCAAGGUGCAGCGGCAGGAGGCGGGGGGGCUGCGCCGGCAGCUGGAGCGUCUGCAGGGCGAGCUGCGUCUGGAGCGGCAGCAGCGGGAGCGCCAGGCGCACACCUUCGCUCAGGAGCGGCACACCUGGCAGGGGGAGAAGGAGCGGGUGCUGCAGUACCAGGCCCAGCUGCAGGUCAACUACGUGGAGAUGCUGCAGAAGAACCAGGCCCUGGAGCAGCGCAUGGGCCAGCUCAACACCAAGAUGGUCACUUCUCCGACCUCACCUCCGCCUGCCCUCCCGCCCCUCGCUCUCGCCCUCCCUCUCUCCCUCUCCCCGCCCCCUGCCACCGAGGACAAAAAGCCCCCCGCCAUGCACCAGCUGGCGCCGCCCUGGCCCACCCCGACCCGCUUGGAGAGGAUCGAGUCCACGGAAAUCUAG